AUGGCGAAGAGUAAAAACCAGUCCCAGCGUUCCCGCGCAGCACGGAGGGCGGCCUCCCCAAGUCUCGACCUUGACAAGUCGGUGCUUGCACUGCCCAGAGCAGAAUCUCCUACCACAACAAGGCCUUCGGUUCUGGCCGACCGUGCCACUGCUGGUAUUAAGAAAAAGCAGAACAAAAAUGAUAAGAUUUCAAGGGCCCAGCGGUUAAGGCAACAAAAGGGAAUGGACCGAGCUGAGGCCGUGAUGGAUCAAUUGGAAAUCAAAAAGGCUAAAAGUGUGGCUCGCGGCAGGACCGUCAAUUCCCGAAGAGCUGAUUGGGAAGAUACCAACCGCAAAACCCUGUCAUUCAACGCUCUUCGACAAGACGACGACGAUGAGGAUGACGAAGAUGACGAGGAGAUGGCCGAAGAUUCUGCACCUUCUGGGAUUCCUGUCGCAAAGAAUGUCUUCCAAAUCCCAACCGAAGCCUUGAUCGCAACCGAAGACUCAACCGAAGGCUCCAAUCUCGUAACGGACGACACUGCGACUAUUGAUGAAGCUGACGAGAUCACUUGA